AUGCAAAAGCAGACUCUCUACUGCAGCGCGCCGCUGGACUAUCCAUCUGCCCAACGCCCAUUACUAAGGGAUGGGGCUGAGGAUGUGGCGGGUGCUGCUGCGAAGGGCCUGGAGUUGCGGCAGCUGCAAAUUACCAUUCGGCAUGGGGAUCGAUCCGCGAUCCACGACCUGCCGAACGCCGAGGAGCACAAAUGGAGGUGUCAGCCCUUCAGCGAGGAGAUUCAGCGGAAGUGGGAGGGCGUGUCUAGGUUUUCGGUUCAAAGCGUGGACGGUAAGCCGUUGGAGAGGUCCUUCACACCAGCGGUGUACGCGGAAGAGGAGAUGGAUCAACUGGGAGACGAGUUCAAGGGGCAGGCAGGCGAGUUGUGCAAGCAUGGCCAGCUGACUGAGGCCGGCAUCCGCCAACAUCUCACGCUCGGGGACCACAUGCAUAAGGCGUACCAUAGUUUGUUGGGUGAUGUGGCGGCGGAAGAGAUAUACAUUCGAUCCACGGACUACACCAGGACACUGGAGUCGGCUGCGGCGUUUCUCAUGUCCUUCUUUCCCGGGUCCUCGGGGAUGACCAUCACCACAAACGAGGACCAAGAGAAUGAGGUCAUGCACGGGAUCGGGAGCAAGGCUAUCAGCGAGAACAACGGUGGUCAAGGGCCAGAGAAGACCACCGUUGGGACAUGCGAACGAGCGGCCAAGCUUUCCGAGCAACAAUUCCUGGCGUUCAAGCCUCGACCAGACGUCGUCGCAGAAGUGCUAGGCUUGUUCGGUGAAGAGGUAUCGGAGCUCAAGAUGACGUCGAUGGCAGACCAGAUGCACGCCUUGUCUUGCCACAACAUGACCCUGCCGUGUUCUGACAAGGGCUGCGUUUCGCCGGAGGUUGCCAUGGACGUGAUGGUGGAGGCGGACCGCCAGAUGUGCUUGAGAUACUACGGGGCAGACGGCGGAGGAGAAUCCGCCGCGUUGUCCCUGUACCCCUUCACGACAGAGAUUCUCACCAACAUGAGGCGAGCGCUGAGCGGCGAUAGCCCCACAAAGUUCGCCUUGUUUUCGGGACACGACACCGUGGUGGCCCCCCUGCUGGCAGCGUUCGGGGCCUACGACUGCCGCUGGCCGCCUUACGCCUCUCACGUGGCCUUCGAGCUCUGGUCGAAACCCCCAGCGGGGCAAGAAGACAAGGACCCUCCAAACAGAGGUCUCCUGGGGGGCGGAGAGAACGGUAGGGGCGGCGAGGACGCCGCUUCGAGGAGGGCGCUGGCGGAGGAAGGGAACGGCGCUGCUGCUGGGGGAGAAGGAGCGGCUGAACAAGGCGGGGGCUCCGCAGAAUCGGGUGCCGGUAGCCCUAACAACCCGUCCCAGGAAGUCAUCCCACCGGCCGGUGACGCCCAAGAGGGCGCUUCUGAUGCAGGGGAGGCGGGGGGCAAGGAAGAGGAGGCAUAUGUGCGAGUGACGUUCCAAGGGAAGCCGAUAACGCACCACAUCACGGACUGCGGUCCCUUCGAGGGACCGUACGGUCGCGAGUUCUGCCCACUCUCCCUGUUCGCCAGAACAAUCGCAAGGGCUCUGGGCCCCCACGAAACCUUAGAAGAAGCUUGCCGGGAUCUCGAUACGAGAUACUAGUAGAGAGCUAGGCAAAUGUGGUGGCAACAGAUAUAACGGCAUUGUUUGAUUUUUUUUUUUUUGUGCCCAACGUAGGGUAUGGAUGUUGGAGUUUAGGCGGUCCGACAACACGCACAGGAAUGUAAGUUGACGAGAUCGGCUGGUUUUCAGGCGUGUAUAGGGUCUCAAGCCACCGUGUAUCCCAGGCUCGGUAAGGGCCGACCUGUGUCGUUGCGCGACUGGGGUGCGCCUAGAUGGAACGUAUGUAUUCAUUCGAUUUUUCGUGAAGCGUGCGGGUCGGCAUGGGAACACCUGAGAAAAAAGGUUCUCCGAACACCACGUAUUUAGUGAAUGAACGACCCCCAAGCUGACCCCAGGAAACUUGUAAGAAUUCAGGAUACUUGAGGCUUCUGCUGCCUUAGGACGUUUCCCGGGCCUAGACGGAGACGUUUUUUAUGGGUAUUUAGUAUCAUCUGUCUUCUUGCGGCGAAAUUUCUAUUCGCCUCUUGUCCACCAGAAUCGUGUGCUGUAGGGGGGGAAAGCCGUUUCAUUUUGUACACCACCGGUGUGAUUGAAAUCGCGUUGAUGAAUGUUUUUUUGUCAUGGGGAGGGGACUAUUUUUUGUUGUUUCGAAGAAAUGUAGCUGGCUUGGGUGCUCCUCUUGGCAACGUUUAGAUUCGGCCGAAGUUGGUGUGACUCAUCCAUCAUCCACGUCCUUGUCUUGUUUAUGUGUCCUAAUCUUGAGCAUCGACCGCGAACUCCGGAGGUCUGCUAGUUUGUCGUGUUUGUGGAGUAGUAAGGUGUUGGCUGCGCAGAACGAAAAUUGGGCAGUCUUGGCGAUGGUGUACCAUGUGUCUUUGUGUGUGUUAUUUGUUGAGCUGAGUGAUUUGGGUUGAUCUUAUAGUAAGCUAGGUUUGUCAUAGAGUAUGAGACGGCCUCUCUUGCUUGGGACAAUAGUUUAACCCGCCGCAGCACCGACGUGGUAUCUUUGUCUUUGUCGUCAUUUCUUGCCCUUGGUUCCGUGUUGCUGUUGCAGCCAGUCACGUUAGCGUUUCGAGACAUGCGCUCCGUGCCCGUUCGCUCUUUGUCCUUUGGCUCCCAUUGCGAAUGGUUGAGACUGCUGCCUUGCCUUCUUCUUGUUGUUGCCCGUGUGUGUGGAGACGUUUUUGCUGUAAGUGCUGUAGGUGGGAGUUCGGUGUGGAAACUAAUACUACUCUUCGUUACCGUGGGUCUUACGCGCGCCAGCGCAUUCGUUGUUCGCUUGGGGAUCGUGCAUGUAUUCGGUUUGCGCUAUCAUUUGAGAACGAAUGGUAAAUUAU